CAGCAGGAAAGGUGAAGAUCCGGGUGCUGAAGGAUGAACCUCCAACAGCCCCUCCUCAGCCACCACCUUUACCCUCCACCACUGGUCUUCGGACGACGAGAAAAAGCCGACUGAGGGGAACGCACUGUGGACAAUGUGAAGUCAAGACUGCAGGAAUAAUGUGUGCCGAAUGCGCAGAGGACUACUGCAUCGGCUGUUUUACCAGGUUCCACCAGAAGGGGGCACUGAAGCUCCACAGGAUGAUCCCCAUUCAGACGGACUUACAGACCCAUGUGAGCGCUCGAGAAGUUGUCCGCCGCUUCCAGAACAAGAUUCCCCCUGGCCCCGCUCCCAGUACCAGCGCAAAUCCUAAUGCCAAUCCAAGUCCCAAUUCCAAAUCAGCUCCCAAUCAAACGUAUUCAUCCAAUUCAAUCACCAGACAAGGAGAUCAGAUCCCAGAAAAAGGACCAGAUGUUGGGGCACAAUAUAUGCAAUCUCCCCCUGAACAUAGCCAGGAGGUGUCCGAUGUGGCUGUGAUGCAGGUCUCUGCUCUUCAGGCCCGACAGCAGAGCAGAGAGAAGGAAGUGGAAGCUUUGAGGAGACAGAUACAGGACUACCAGCUGUUGUUUGCCUCUUACUUUAUUUUUGUGUGCUCUCCUCUUCCCCAUAUUUCUCCAGUAUCUGUGUCAGCUAUGGCGACCCAGGCUGACCUCGCCCCAGUCAGAGGAGCUGAAGGAGGAGGAAGAGGAGAAGGAAGUGUACCUGUCAGGGUGGAGUUCACAGAAAACAGCCUUACUUACAUUGACAGACUGCUUCUCAAGAAGCACCGCAGGACACCAAUCAAAACUUAUCGUCCAUCGUCAGCCUCUGGUAAUGAUUCAAAAUCACAACCUAACAUAAACACUGUGGAGGAGACUGCAAGCCUAACAGCUCAAGAGGAGGAUUUUCAUCGCUACUGUGCAUCAUUGUUUGCCGACCCUGUCAGCAGUGGCAGGCCUGAGCCUCAGAUUACCCAACCUGAGUCGUGCCUUGUCAUACAAGUCCUGGAUGAGAGAGAGGAGGAAGACAUACAUGGACUUUCUAUUGCUCAACAGAGGACAGACAACAACAGAAAGGUUCCUUCUGUUCAGCAGCCCCUUAGUAAGGGAACUCUGCUGACCCAAACGGCUAUUAUUAACAGCGGGUCCUCAUUAGUCAGCUGCUCUUCUCCCAGUCCAGCACUACCAUCCAGGCAAUUUACAGCACCAACACCGGCCAAAGGAGCUAAGAGGCUCCAUCUAUCCAGGAAUCAGACUUCCCAACCAGAGCAUUUGACAAAAUCAUCGUCCUCUAAGAGUAAACCAUCAGCAAGCCCCACUGCUCAGACUUCGAAGACAUCGAUCAAAACACAGCCGUCAAAAAAGCCCAAUUGCCCACCCAAAGUCCAUGAAUCAAAACCUGACCUUGGAUCAAUUCAACAUUUGUCCUCUCCCUCACCAGCACAUUCCCAAACUCAGAUCCUGAAACCCUCACUCUCCCCUGUCUUGUUUCCGCCUGAUGCUUCUCCUGUGACUGUGAACAGACCUCCAAUACUAGAACACCAUCUUUCCCCUUCUCCGUCCAUUUCCUUCUCCCUAAGGUCUACAUUCGAAGUCUCACCAUCAAGCUCCACUGAGUCAAUCUUAUUGCCUAAAGUUCACCAAUCAACUCCAAUACAGAAAGGCUCCGAUGUAUCUCUGUUGCCAGAACAAUCCCAAUCUUCCCAGUUGUUCCCAGAAACAAUCUCAUCACCGAAGCUUUCCCAGUCAUUCCGAAGUAAUCAGGUGUCCUCAAGGCAAUCCCAACAUUCCCGCUGUGACCCAGAGUCUCUCCUAUCAGACAAUCAACUCCAGCUGCCACCAGGGUCUUGUAGUUCAACCACCCCACCAAAAUAUCUUGCACUAAGUCCAGCUGUGAAAUAUUUAUCAAACGAGUCCUUUGUAGAUGCAUUCUCUAGUCAUGGACAAACUCCAACAACAGAGGAUUCUUCAGUUUUUGAGUACUCUACCCCUAUCUCUGUGGACCAUGAAUCAACUCUGGAUAGACUUCCAUCACAUUUCAUGGAUGGCAUCCAGAAUUAUCCUUUAAAUGUGAAACUGGAGGAGGAAGAGGAGGAAGAAGUUCACUGUUACCAGGGUGAUCUAAAGAGGCACUCUAGUGGUCAGGUUAAAUAA